AUGAUGGCUGUUACUAUGGACAAUGAUGAAUUCAAGGCGGAUGUAAUCGCCCUCGAGGAUAUCAAAGCAAGUGUUGAUAUUGAUAAUGAGAAGGGAAACCCAGAACCAAAUUACACUCCAGAGGAGCUCAAGAAUGUUCUUCGAAAACUGGAUUGGCACCUCAUGCCACUUUGCUUUUUGAUGUACACGUUUUCCGUCCUAGAUCGAUCAAACUUAGGCAACGCCAAGCUAGUUGGCAUGGAAGAUGACAUCGAUCUUUCCGGCAAUCGCUACGAGUGGUUGGGUAAUAUCUUCUAUAUUGCCUACAUCAUCUUUCAAUUCAACACACUCGGGUGGAAAAUAUUCAAGCCGCAUAAAUGGGUGACAUUUGUGGUCUCAUGGCCUGCCGAUUUUUUCUUGGCUGGGCCGAGACUAUGUUCGGUCCCGGUAUCCCUCUCUAUUUUUCUUUUUUUUUACCCUCGGGAACGGAUCGGCAAGCGAUUCGGUAUUUUCCUCGCUGGAUCUGCACUGGCCAAUGCCUAUGGAGGCGUUUUGGCUUUUGGUCUUGGACAUGUUCAUUCUAAGAUUUCGAACUGGCGUUUCUUGUUCAUUAUCGAGGGUGUCCCAACGGUACUACUGGCUCUCCUUGCUUGGUUCUAUUUGCCUGAUUCGCCCUCGACUGCUCGUUUCCUAAAUGCUCGUGAGCGGGAGGUUGCGCAAGCUUUUGCGAAUAGUCAACCUGGAGACUACAAGCACGAAGGCCUCCAGCUCAGCCAGCUAGGUGAUGCAUUCAAAGACUAUAGAAACUACAUAUUUGCGCUCAUGAAUUUCUGCAACAACGUCAGCUUUGCAUCUCUCCCUCUUUUCCUCCCAACGAUCGUUUCUGAGAUGGGAAGCUUCACUGAAGUUCAAUCCAACGGCAUCACCGCUCCACCAUACGUGCUAUGUUUUAUUCUCAUCAUCGUUGUCUCUCUAGUCUCGGACAAACUUCGUGUUCGUGGCCCCUUCUGUGCCAUCUUCUCACUCCUCUCCGCCGUGGGAUUUAUCCUCCUUGGCACGACCGAGACUGUUGGUCCUCGUUAUCUCGGAUGCUUCCUGGCAGUCUUGAUAUUUGUCACUACCUCCAUCGUGCUAGUCUGGAACUCAAACACAAACUCGACGGGAUCUAGCAAAGCUGGUGGUUUGUGGAUCAUGAUGACAGUUGGACAGUGCGGUCCUCUUUUGGGGACGAAUAUGUUUCCAUCCUCGGAAGGCCCUUACUAUCGUCGUGGAUCAUGGGUGUGCUGCUCUUUUGCUCUUUUGUCUGCUGUAGCAGCUGCGACUCUAAGUCUGCUACUUUGGCGCGAGAACAAACGCCGCGAUCGUAUCUACGGUCCUGUCCGCGAGGGUCAGCACGUUGAUAUGUCUUCUUCUGAGAGCCGGGAGGCUGGCUUGAGAUACAUCAUCUAG